UUGAAGAUCUCCCGGGGGUGGGGAAAAACCGAGCCUCGUAGGAAGCACAAGAGUCUGGUCUCGGCCGGCUCCUCCUUCCUUUUUGCCUCCUCCCUCCAUAGGAGUUUUGUAACUUGCAGGGUUUCCGUGUCCUGUGACUGCAGUCAGGUGGUCCCUCCUCUUCUCCUUUUCUCUCGCCCCACCACGUCUGGAGUCGGAGCUCCUUCCCGCCGAAGACAGAAGUGGGACAAAGAAAGUUUCUUAGGCUCUACAGGCAGGGAGGUGGCCAAAUUUCUGGGCGGCCAGCUGGCCUUUUCCCGCUGCCGCCGCCUGGAGAGGAGGAAAGUCAGGCAGCGUGAGAAUGGCUGGAGGGGAGAGGAGCUCCGUCGGGCCAGUCGAGGGCCGGGAACAUCUCUUCAAGAUCCUGGUCAUCGGUGAAUUGGGCGUGGGCAAGACAAGUAUCAUCAAGCGCUACGUCCACCAGCUCUUCUCCCAGCAUUACCGGGCCACGAUCGGCGUGGACUUCGCCCUCAAAGUCCUCCAUUGGGACAGCAAGACCCUGGUGCGGCUGCAGCUUUGGGAUAUCGCAGGUCAGGAACGUUUUGGCAACAUGACCAGAGUGUACUACAAGGAAGCUGUAGGUGCUCUUGUUGUCUUCGAUGUUACAAGAGGCUCGACAUUUGAUGCAGUUUCUAAGUGGAAACAUGAUUUGGACAGUAAAGUGCUUCUCCCAAAUGGCAGCCCCAUCCCAGCAGUUCUCCUUGCGAACAAAUGUGAUCAGAAGAAAGAUGGUGGGCAGAAUUCUUCCUCAAUGGAUCAAUUUUGCAAAGAUGGAGGCUUUGUUGGGUGGUUUGAAACCUCUGCAAAGGACAAUAUCAACAUUGAUGAAGCCACUAGGUUCUUGGUGGAAAACAUCCUUGCAAAUCUCAAAACCUUCCCUAGUGAAGAGAACGAUGUAGGUAGAAUAAAGCUGGACCCGGACCCAUUGAAAGCAGAAAGUAAAUCGCAGUGCUGUUAAUGUGACUGUAAUGUAUCAUUGACAUACAAUGAAAGCAGCUCCUCUCAUCUGGCUGCUGCUAUGGUGCUGGAUCACAACAAUCCUAGUGGGAUAUUGGUCACACUCCAGGGUGUUUACACGCUUCUUUUUUUCCUUAGUAAGUGGGACUUCAAAUUAUUUUGUGUAUAUUCUAGGGUUGAUUAUGAACCAGAACUGUCUAGCACAAUCAAAAGAUGGUCACAGACAAAAAGAGGGUAAUUAUUCAUCAAGGAAUAGUCAACAAGCAUUAGUAUGAGAGACUCAUCCUUGAUAUUUUGUUCUCUGCUGUGCAGUUUCAAAAUAAAAUAGGAAUGUUGGUCUGAAUGAAAGUGUUCAUUCUGAUAAGCAUUUUUUUUAUCAAGUCCUUUAAUAUGUGUAACAAUCUACUAUGGCUGGCAUUUGUCUGCCUUUCCACUUCAAUACCACCUUCUUUAUUUGACAUCUGCAUCACAGAACUAAUAUCCUUUAGAUGCUUAACGGCCAAAAUUCACAUUUUCCGAAUAUUAUAGAAUUGAUAUGCAAUAGCACAUAUUCCUGAUUUAUGGUGUACUUAUGUGAAAGAAGACUAACAGCACAAUCUGGAUUGGGGGUGGGGGAAUAUCUGAUGUGUCUGGAGACAGUGUAGUUCAAGAAGGUGCUGUGCCGCCUCCAAAGGGGCUCUGGGCAGCACAGGCAAGAGGAAAAUUCAAAAUCCCUCCUGCUUCUCAAAGAGCCCCAUAGAUGAAACAGACAUUUGCCACUGUUUUCAUGGUAUGAAGGCCACACAGGGGGUGUUCUGGCAUGAAAGCCCAGUAGAGGCUGAUUGAGGAAUGCUCUUCGCCCACCCAGCCAUUCUGGCCUAAAGCUUUAGGCCAGUACAGCUCUGUGGGGCAUAGCCUCUUCCAGGUCAGGUACUAUGAAACUCCACGGUGCCUGCCUGCCUCCCAGUUUGCCCUCUCCACUGAUGUAGAUGCCACCUACAUCAGCAGGGUGGGCAAAUGCACCGGUGCAGCCCUGCUCUGGCUCCAAGAACCCAUUCCCUUUCUAGAUUGGGCUGUAAUUCUUUGGAAAGAAGAUGAAGCUGGUGGAAGGGAGUGUUGUCAGUGUUUUCUAUCAGUUAAGUGACUCAUUCAUUUCUGACUUCUGCAAGUAUCCUAGAGAGUUUACUGUUGUAUUAUCGCAAGAAAAAAAGUUAUGGUCUGCAUAUCUAAACCCUUUGAGGACAGUCAGUUGUUACUGCACAAGUAUGAUUUUCAACUAAAUACUUAUGAAGAGCUGGACUGAAUGAUGGAAACCAGAGGAGAUGUGGAAAAUUGGUUCCAGUCUUGUAAUUUGUAGGUUUUGGUACAAAUAGAGUCUUUCUUAAUCUUGCUGCUUUUGUACUCUGUCUAUUGCCACUGUUAACUGUUUUUAACACAAACACUUGGACUUUAAGGGUGUUAAAUUUCUUAUGCUAGUACAACUUGCAAAUCUGUAUGUAAUCCAAAAUGGUGUAGUGGUGUUAAAGUAGGAAAAUAGUGUGGAGUAUUAUUUUUGUUCCUGAAAGAAUUCCGUUGACUGCUUGCUGAUAGUGUUUAUUACUAUUUGGGUUAUGGCUUCUGGGGUGGAGGGGAACUAGAGACACACUUUCAUUAUAUGUUACAGCCUAAACUCUGGUGUCUUCAGCACUUGUUCUGCCAUAGUAAGCCUGCUGCCAUUAAUUGUAAAAUAGCUUCUUUUGGCCUAACAUUCUUACGGCUUAAACUCACAAAUCCAUAUUAUGUGCCCAGAAUUAGAUUUGUUACGAUGUCAGAAGUAUUUGAUAGUGUAUAUGCACAGAUCUAGAGCUUUUAUAAGGUACAUUAAGGCACUUUGUCACUUAAAAACAGAUCCAACGAUCAUCUCCUUUCUUCCCCUGCCCCAUUCUAACAUGCUAAUUUUGUUGAAAUCAUUAAUACUUCUAACUUCCCCAUCUGUUCCAAAAUUUAUGUCAACUCAACUAUUCUGAAUGCUUUUAGAACACUUUGAGUUCAAACUCUGAACUGAACACUGGUAACUGUUGGUUUUUAAAGAUUAAACUUUCUCUUUCAGAAAGGAAAGAAAAAUAAAUGCUGAGAUUGAAAAGAUGAA